AUGUCACAGCCAAGUACCGCCGCAAUUGUGGUGGCCUCCAUCUUUGGAGGCAUCGCUCUCAUUUUUGUGGCCUACAAGGCAUAUCGCAAGCUCUGGCACUGCAUGCAUCGUCCAGAACAACUGCCUCCCAUCACCCAACCACCCACCGCAUACUAUGGAGGCGUUGUCAUGUCUACCGUCGUGGACAUGCCCACUUCGAGCUACAUCGAAAGAAGCGCCAGCUCCACCGAUUACCUCGCUGUAUCCUCCCCGUCAACCUCAACGUGGCCCCAGGGAGAUGGUCUCGCAUCCACAUCUACCAGCGAAAUGCCUUCGCCUUCCAUGCGCGCCAUUGAUUCGGUCGUGCUCUCGACACCCUCCGAGAUCUAUGAUGCUGCUCACUACCGAGGCACUUCCACCAUUUCAAGCUCCUCCUCCACCAUGACGCUCAAGCGCUCCUACCUCAGAUCCCCCUCGGCUUCGCAAUUGUCGUACAUGUCCACCUCGAGCCGGCGCGAGUCGUACUUGCCCCACUCACCUCUCAAUCGCGACUCGAUCCAGAUCAUCCCUCCACAGCCGCUCGGAUUCGGCGGGACUCUGGCUAUGGCUACCGAUCAGAAGACGCUGGCCUUCAGUAAAGACAGCGGUAUCGGUGCGUCGGACGAUUUCACGAGUGGGCUUGUGUGGUCAGAGCGCAACCCUCAUCGACCGCAACUGGCCCAUCAUGACCGCCAGAGAUAUCUCAUGCAGGGUCCUGUGUCCACACGCAGCAGCGAAGCUCCGAGCCAGCUACCGUCCUCGCAAAGCAGCCCUGUAGUGCAGACGCGAUCGCUCGAUUCGCAAAUCGAAGGUGCUCAUCCUUUCCCAGCAGGUGCGCCACUAUCGCAAGCGCCAGCAUCCACAACAGUGAUGGACAACACGCAGCCACCGCCACCAUCGGCGGAAGGAUUGCCUAAAAAUGCGGACAUCAAUCCGCACCUGCUCAGCGCUAAGGAUAGUCCGCUGCAGAGGUUACAGAGUAACGCAGGUCCAGCCCGCACCCCGCCGCACUUGCAUUCGCAUUCAGACAGCAACAGUAACCGCUCCGACUCAGACGCUUCGCCCAUCCUCAGUCCCUUUGUGCCUCCAUCUGGCCCACCGAGUACGGGCAACAGCAACACUUCUCGGUCGAAUCUUUCCAGCGCCGCUGAACCAGAGGGCCCUCCCUCAGGAUAG